AUGAUUCGACUUCGGCCGGGCCAAUUGAAAAGCGCCAAAUCGCCGAGCCAGCCAUUCGUACGGCUUAGCCGGUCCGCGGGGCUAAAAGGUUCACCAACUGGACCCUUCUUCUCCACGCUUUCUUCCGUGCCCUUUCAUUACAACCGGCGAAAACUAUCGCAGAAUACAAAAAUGGAUCUCAAAGUAAGCACACUGUCGGAAUGGACUUCCGAUUUCAAGCAGGACAAGGUCAGCCUAUUGGCGGGUACGGUUCUUAGACAGGCUGAUGCAGACGAGGUGUUGAUCAACAGAGACGCCUACAUCAAGCACCUGUCCAACAUCUACUCCCAUAAAAUUGAGCAAGAGGGAAGUCCUAUCACCAGCCAAAAGGCCUCGGGUAGGUGUUGGUUAUUUGCCGCGACUAAUUGUCUGAGAAUCCCCAUGAUGAAACGGUACAAUCUGAAAACCUUCCAGCUUUCAACCUCGUUCCUAUUCUUCUACGAUAAGCUUGAAAAAUGCAAUUUUUUCCUUGACCAAAUUAGUGACACUUACAAGGAAGAUGUUGACUCGAGAUUGGUCCAAUUUCUAUUGGAUGACCCAACCUGUGAUGGUGGUCAGUUUGAUAUGUUCAUCAACAUCGUGGAUAAGUACGGUCUGGUUCCCAACACUGUUUUCCCAGACACGUUCAAUACCACACUUUCCAGAAAGCUCAAUUGGAUGCUCAAGACCAAGCUGAGAGAGUUUGCCGAAAUUUUAAGAGAAGAUUUGGCUGCCGGAAAGCCCAUUGAUGCAGUCAAGGCUUCCAUGCAGAGGGAACUCCAUAAGUACAUGUGCAUGUAUCUCGGAACACCUCCCGGUCCAAACGAUGAGUUCUUGUGGGAGUACGAAGACAAAGAUGGGAAGUACCAUUCUCUGAAAAGUACACCCAUCAAGUUUUUGAAGGAAUCUGUCGAAUUCGACUCCUCCAACUUCGUGUCUCUGUUGAAUGAUCCUAGAAACGAGUAUGACAAACUCGUCAAGAUAGACCGUCUAGGAAACGUUGUUGGUGCUCCAACAGUCUCGUAUCUGAAUGUGGAUAUCAAAAAAUUUACCGAGGCUGCUGUCGAUCGUAUUAAGAAGGGAAAACCCGUGUUCUUUGGAUCCCACACCCCAAUCUACAUGGACAGAAAGAGAGGAUACAUGGAUCAGGACUUGUGGAGUUACGACCUCAUUGGCUUCAAGACCGAACAGACGAAGGCCUCCAGAGUCAGAUAUCACCAAUCUUUGAUGACCCAUGCCAUGGUGCUUACUGCUGUUCAUCUGAAUGAAGAGGGUAAGCCCGUCAGAUGGAGAGUCGAGAACUCUUGGGGGAAAGAUGUCGGUUUCGACGGCUACUUCAUCAUGACUCAGGAGUAUCUCGAGGAUUACGUUUACCAGGUUGUUGUUGAGAAAUCAGAUCUUCCAGCGAACAUCUUGAAGAUUGAGCAAGAUCCAUCUCCCAUUGUGCUCCCUCCAUACGAUCCAAUGGGAGCCCUUGCUACCUUCAGAACGGAAGAUUAG